GAUAACCGGCAACCGGUGCCCGUUGCAUAUGUUCGUUGGCUUAGUCUGGUCACACCGCCGGCAAAUAUUCGCAAAAGAGGAAAAAGUUGUAGUUAAAAUUCAGUUUAUUUAUAACGAAAAACUGAUGGUGCUGUAAUUAAGGUCAACUCAGGCAAUGGAUUAGGGACAGCUGAGUCCGAUGAGCAGCACAGCCGACACUUGCCAACAGCUGCGGAGGCGCUAGGAGCCCAGGACCUAGGGGCUUUUCCCCCGAGGAGGAAAGGAGAAAUAAGAAAAAAGGAUUUACAUUAAGUCUGAUUUUGGAAAAAGUGAAUUGAAAUGGACGUCGAGUCGCUAUCAGGGGUGUCCUCUGACGAGGAUGAUAUCUCCACAAUGGACAGCUCUGACGAGUCUGCGGAGGAGCCGGCCCGUGGAGCCACCCCAGCCUUUGGGGCCAGGACACGGAAUCUGGUGCAGAUGCUGUACGACAGGGAACGCACUGGCUUCUUCUCUGGUUCUUCACGCGCCUGCCAAAAGCCACAGCUUCCGUACGACAGAGUGCCAAAUAGGUUAAAGCUCUACCUCAAAGACGUAUUGGCCAGCAACGUGAUGGAGGGGCACAUAUUCAUGGGACUGACAGCCUGUGGCCAGUAUAUGCUCAGCCACCGGGUGGUGUGCAAUGACAGCUCCUCGCUUAACCAUUACUCCUUUAAUGUGGGCUACAAGUACACACUCUAUUUCUGGCUGUUUCAACCCCACAAGCAUCUGCGCUACUUUUUCUCCCGACGUCUAUUCGACGACCAUGUGGUGGACAACAUCAAGACUGUUAGUAUGACGCAGUGGAAGAAUGCCCAGCAUCAGAUAUUAGUCAUCCAUGGAGCUGCCACUGAAGAGGGCGAGGACAGCUACAUCACAUACGUAAAAGUUCCUAAACUGGGUUGUUUGGAGUGCAAGAAACUCAACGACGACGGUCCAUAUUCCUUUUAUAAUGCGCACUGCCUGAACUGUCACUUGACUGUGCACACCAAGUACUCCUCGAUUGAAUCGGAUCCUGUAUUCGAGCCGAAAAUCAAUCUUCUCUGUCCGGAGCGCAUCCUGAUCAUCUCCAAUGGUUUUAUGCACAUGCUGCGCAUCGAUGUGGACACGCCGGCCGUGACCUCAAGCAGCAGCAACGUCAGCAGCUACCUACCCCAGCAGAACAUGAUUCUGCCCAGUCUUCAAACUCCGGCUCAAUCAAUGCCGUCACCAUCCUUCCUGCUGCCGAGAACUCUGCUCUCCAGCGAAGAGGAUCGUGCUUCGGCUGCCUUUACAGCUUCGGGAUCGGAAGCGGAGUCUGGCAGCGAACAGAGCGUUGUGGCUCGCAUCAUAGCCGACUUCAGUGACAUUGAAACCGAGAUGUCGCAGCGCUCUAACAAUAAUAACAACGAGGUGCCAACGGUUGGCAGUAACUGCUGCUCUCCCAGAGCGUAUGAGCGGCUUAUCUUUACGCCACACUCCAGUCCCAGCAGCCUAACCCUGCCAGAGACCACGUUGCCGGUAACUAAACCAACUAAUAUCAACGAAGCUAGUCAGUCGCGCAGACGCAACCAGCGGAUAGUGACCAAAUCCUAUCGCAACGGCAUAACUACCAUAGACUUGCAGAGCACGCCCAGUUCGAGUUCCAUGACUGAUAAAUCCAAUGCCUACGAGUUCUCCGAGGACAACGAGAAGUACGAGAAGAUCUCCACGUUCCGCAAACGUCGGCUGGCAGAAAAGAAAUACGAGUUCUCGGAGGACAACUCGGAGAACAUUAUACCCUUUACGAAGGUCCGGCUAGCGGGUCGGGCUUUUAAUUCCUCGGCCACCAGUUCUGCGGCUCGCAGCUUUUCGCAUCGCUUUUCACCAACGGCUCACUUCUUUCACAAUUCGCCCUGCGCCUCGCCAUCCUCUUCGCCACAUCCCUCCUCGCAGCCGGCCCAGACGCCGCCGCAUCUGGGAUUCCGCUCUCCUCCUUCCAGCUCUAUGCUGAUGCGCUCCCCCAGUCGAAAUGCUAAUACUGCAUCUCAAAUCUUCAAUCAGAAGUCGCCGCCCCUUUCGCAGGCCACUCAACAAAUGCUCAGCUACAAGCCGGUGGGUCCGCUGGGAGCGCUAUCACCGCUCCAGGUGACCAUGACUAAGCGGUUUGAAAUUGGCGGCUCCAUGUCGCCCAAUGCUGGCCUGUCGUUUCUGUCGCCGCGACGCGAGGAGCCACGCAUCGUGGAGAUGCCGAUGCAGGGCGGCGUGAUGCCAGAGAAGCCGGUGUGCACCAAGAAGCUAUGUCGUCGCUAUGUGGAGGAGGAUGACGCCACGUCGGUGAUUACUAGCGAAGAAGACGAUUGCAUAUCGCCGGGAUAUCACACUUCGCUGCCCAUGGAGGUGCACGGUUCUUGCUACUCAGAGAUGCAGAUGAUAUCGCAGGCCUCCUACCAGCGCCUGCGUGCAAGCAGUAGCAGCGUGGUAAUCACCCAGCACUCGUUCGACCUGGAGACCUUUACAUACUACGUAAUAAGCAUGCUAUGCCAGAAGCACCAGAAGAUGUACAACGUCUUCUACGACUGGGCAUAUGAGGUGAUCAGUGUCUGCCCCCUCAGCCAGACGAUUGGCUGCCUGCUGGUGGCACAGUUUUCGGCUAGGGAUCAUCCACUGGCCAACUGUCUGCAUUGCACCGGACGGAUGGAUUGUGUAUUCCACAACAGGCAGUAUGAGUGCCGCAUCCUAUUCACCUGGAACACGGAGAGUGGCCAAUGGCAGGUGCUCGACUACGGCGAACUCAUGGAGACGCACGAGCAGUUCAGUCCACUGAAACGGCUGGGCAAGGCCCGCCUAACGUUCGCUCAGGUGGCCAGGAAGAUGGGACAAGAGAUGGCCGACAGUCUGAGGCUCAAUCUCCCCGAUUACGCCUCGAAUUUGCGCGUGCUCAACUCAGAUAUACGAAAGUCCAAGGCUUACAUAAGCGACCUCGAUAACAUGGUGGAGUUUCACUUGAAGCGCACACCCCAGGGAACUAUCUAAAAACUUUGCUUAAAGGGCUAGGCACUGAACAGGAUAAAAAGUUGUUUUCUUUUAAAAGUAAAAGCUGGACUCAAAUGUUCUUAAGAAACCAAAGUUAAAUGUGACUUAGAAAAGAGAGUUUAUGGCUUACCUAAAUACUUAGUAGCAAAGAAUCUUCUGGUGAUAUCUGUUAAUUUAGUUGCCUCUUUUAGUUGUUCCUUUUUAUAGUUUUUUUUUUAACUUACAUUGUUUUACAA